CCAUCAGCAUUCGUGCUCGGCCAUUUUGUGAGUGUGUGCUCGAUAGGAAUAUUUGUAUUGAGAAGCUUUUGUAGUCAAACCGAAUGAUUUAGUUUACAGAUAAGCUUAUUUAGCGUUAUAUUAUAUGUGCUAAAAGUGUAUUAUAUUUUUCGGAUAUUGUGUAAAUCUAUAAAAUGGAGGAAAAGGCGUCACUGAAAGAACUUGAUCAGUGGAUAGAACAGUUAAAUGACUGCAAACAACUGACAGAAAGCCAAGUGAAAACUCUAUGCGACAAGGCAAAAGAGAUCUUAGCUAAAGAAUCAAACGUACAAGAAGUAAAAUGUCCAGUAACUGUGUGUGGCGAUGUACAUGGGCAAUUCCAUGACUUAAUGGAAUUAUUUAGAAUAGGAGGUAAAUCUCCAGACACAAAUUACCUAUUUAUGGGUGAUUAUGUUGAUCGUGGCUACUACUCUGUUGAAACAGUUACUUUGCUUGUUGCAUUAAAGGUGAGAUAUCGUGAAAGAAUAACAAUUCUGCGUGGUAAUCAUGAAUCUAGACAAAUCACACAAGUAUAUGGAUUCUAUGAUGAAUGCUUACGUAAAUAUGGAAAUGCCAAUGUAUGGAAGUUUUUUACGGAUUUAUUUGAUUACUUACCACUGACUGCAUUGGUUGACGGUCAAAUAUUUUGUUUACAUGGUGGACUAUCACCUUCAAUUGAUACCUUAGAUCACAUAAGAGCUUUAGAUCGUCUUCAAGAGGUCCCACAUGAGGGUCCAAUGUGUGAUUUGCUAUGGUCAGAUCCCGAUGACAGAGGAGGAUGGGGUAUUUCUCCUCGAGGAGCAGGAUAUACAUUUGGUCAAGAUAUAUCAGAAACAUUUAAUCAUUCAAAUGGUCUCACAUUGGUAUCAAGAGCUCAUCAAUUGGUUAUGGAAGGAUAUAAUUGGUGUCAUGAUCGUAAUGUUGUAACUAUUUUCUCUGCUCCUAAUUAUUGCUAUCGUUGUGGCAAUCAAGCUGCAAUUAUGGAACUAGAUGAUGCUUUGAAGUAUUCAUUCCUUCAAUUUGAUCCAGCACCAAGACGUGGAGAGCCACAUGUCACUAGGCGGACACCAGACUACUUCCUAUAAAAAGUUCAAUUUUAAGGAAGUAGUUGCCAAGCAAGUGUUUAUAAGCUUAAAAUGUAAAAAGUAAUAGUAGAAAUUACUAAAAAGGUAUUUAUACAAAAAUAGAAGUUUAUAAUAAUGCACGUAGCAAAGUUACAAAAGAUAAAGGAAGUACCACUCAUACAAUCUUAUUUUCAUUUACGGUAUAAGUGCUUUAUAAUAAAAUUAGUAAGCCAUAUCCUGUGUAUGUGUAGUUUUUAAAUUUUAUUAUUUUUCAUAAUUUAACAUGGGACUUAUUUGACUAAAAUGAUUAUAUAAGAUAUUUUUAAAGCAUGCCUUACAAACAUGUCCAUGUUACACAGCCUAUAUAAAAUACAUAAUAAAAAAGAUGUAUAAUAUAUAUUGCAUUCAAUAAUUAAUUAAUAAUAUGAUUGAUGAUAACAGUCUUAGAUUAUAUUACAGAAAGUUUAUAUUUACAUUAUUAUAAUAAGAAAAUGUAUAUUGAUGUGUUUUAUUUAAUCUUAAUAAAUAUAACCAAUUUGUAUGAAAUUUAACAAUACUUAAUUUGGUUAUUAUGAAUAA